AUGGAUGAUUCUCCAGAUCGCAUUGGGCCUGAUAUGAGCCCCAAGCAGACCUUCGGAGAUAGGUUGAGGAGAUUUAGGAAGGCUGUUACCACAAAGGACGGCCUUAUUGGUGACUACGACUAUGGCUUCCUCUUCAGACCAAAUCUUCCCUUCCUCAAGAAGCAGCGCCGUGCCGCCCCGUUCUUCGGCCUCCAUGACAAGAUGCCCGUCUUCUUGUCCCUUCUGCUUGGGUUCCAACACGCGCUUGCAAUGCUGGCAGGCGUCAUUACACCACCAAUCAUCCUGGCCGCGGCUGCAAACCUGGCAACAGAGCAGCAACAAUACCUUGUGUCGACGUCCCUGAUCGUCUGUGGUAUCCUCUCGUCCAUUCAGAUCACCCGUUUCCACAUCUGGAAAUCUCCAUACUACGUCGGAACUGGCCUAAUCUCCGUUGUCGGCACAUCCUUCUCCACCAUCCCCGUGGCCACAGGCGCGCUAUCCCAGAUGUAUGAGACUGGCUUCUGCCCGACGGAUGCGAGCGGAAAUAAGCUGCCGUGCCCCGACGGCUACGGUGCCAUCAUCGGUACGGCAUGCGUAUGCGCGCUGAUCGAAAUCCUGAUGUCCUUCAUGCCGCCACGUAUGCUGAAGAAGCUGUUCCCACCGCUUGUCACCGGCCCGACGGUCAUGCUCAUCGGUAUCAGUCUGAUUGAGUCAGGCUUCCAGAACUGGGCGGGUGGUAGUGGCAACUGCUUGACGAGCCCGACGGGUAUCUAUGCACUCUGCCCCACUAUCAACGCCCCCCGCCCUCUGCCAUGGGGUAGCGCUGAAUUCAUCGGACUGGGUUUCCUCGUCUUUGUGUCCAUUAUACUGUGCGAGCGCUUCGGAUCGCCCAUCAUGAAGUCGUGCGCCGUUGUUGUGGGACUGCUCAUUGGCUGUAUCGUAGCAGCGGCGUGCGGCUACUUUGACCGGUCCGGCAUCGACGCAUCUCCGGCUGCAUCGUUCAUUUGGGUACACACGUUCAAGCUGUCUGUAUACGGGCCGAUCGUGCUGCCGCUGCUGGCCGUCUACAUCGUGCUCGCGAUGGAGGCCAUCGGCGACAUCACCGCCACCUGCGAUGUCUCACGCCUGCAAGUCGACGGUGCGCUCUUCGACAGCCGCAUCCAGGGCGGCGUGCUGGCGGACGGGCUGAACGGUAUUAUCGCCGGCCUCUGCACCAUCACGCCCAUGUCGACGUUCGCCCAGAACAACGGCGUCAUCGCCCUCACGCGCUGCGCCAACCGCAAGGCCGGCUACGCCGCCUGCUUCUGGCUGAUCCUGAUGGGCAUCUUCGCCAAGUUCGCCGCCGCCCUCGUCGCCAUCCCGUCCUCCGUGCUCGGCGGCAUGACGACCUUCCUCUUCUCUGCCGUCGCCGUCAGCGGUAUCCGCAUCAUCUCGACUGUGCCCUUCACCCGCCGCAACCGCUUCGUCCUUACCGCUGGUCUUGCUAUCGGCUACGGCGCCACCCUCGUGCCUGACUGGUUCGCCUACGUCUUCACCUACGAUGGCCCCAACCGCGCGCUGCUCGGCUUCUACAACGCCAUCGAGCUCGUGCUCGAGACCGGCUUUGCCGUUACUGCGUUCGUCACGCUUAUCCUGAACUUGCUGCUGCCUGAGGAGCCUGAGGAUGAUGCCGAGGAGCUCCCAGAGUUGACGGCGAACGAGGCGGAUGCGGAAGCAGACCGCGAAGAGUGGCGUAACGUUAAGGGAAAGGAGAUGGAGGCUGAGGCAGGUAGGACGGGGAGCGCAAGCGGGAGCGAUAUUACGCCUGCCACAAGGGUGGCUUGA